CAACGGGAUCUGAAACAGUACCUUCACGACUGCCAGGGUUUCAUGCAUCCGGAGAAUGUGCGACUCUUCCUCUAUCAACUCCUGCGUGGUCUUGCCUUUUGUCACCAGCGGCGAAUUCUGCACCGUGAUCUCAAACCGCAGAACCUCCUGAUCAACGAACGCGGCGACUUGAAGUUGGCCGAUUUUGGUCUGGCUCGCGCCAAGUCUAUCCCCAUCAAAACCUACUCCAACGAAGUGGUCACUCUUUGUGCUGCUCUGAUCCUCAAGGGUGCCGGAGUAUGA